UUCUCUCUCUCUCAAACUCUAUCCAUUCCCCAUGUAUGUUCAUCUCCACUGUCAAAUGUCAUGUUUAUCUGCGCUUCAAUCACUCAUUAAUUUGUUAAAGCUUUAACCUUUCUUUUUGACUAAGCAAUGUGUUAUGUAGCUUAGCUGUUCACAGAAAUACAAGGUGAAUCCCAGUGUUACAGCCUGUUUUCUCAUUCUCUUCAACUUUCCUUUUUGCUUACGUUUAGCCUGCAAAGUGCAAACCCCUUUAUUUGAAACCUAUCCUCCAUUGCAGAGAAGAAGAAGAAAAUAGCCAAAGUCCUAAAUGGAUCCCUGCCCAUUUGUAAGGAUCCUGGUGGGUAAUUUUGCCCUGAAAUUCCCACCAUCGACAAAUACUUCACUCUCCAGAAUCCACCCUUCUACUUCUCCAUAUUUUGCAGUAUUAAACUCACCAACUUCCUCACCAGGUGGCUACGAUCCCGUCUCAACAAGACGGAAACAAUUAUUCUUCUUCUUUUUGCAGAAAUCGGUGGCAGCUUGUUUUAGUCUUGAUAUGUCUCAGAUGGAUAGAAUCGUAAAGGGUUCGGCAUCGUGUAAAGUUUCGAUCAUGGUUUACGCUGGUCCUGAUGGGAGCACUUGUGGAUUGCCUUAUAAGAAGUUGUUGGGGAAGGUCUCGGUGCCAUUGGAUCUACGUGGAGCUGAAUCCAGGCCGUGUGUGGUUCACAAAGGAUGGAUUACUAUAGGCCGGAAUAGAAGCAACAAGGAUGGAUCGUCUCCCCAGUUGAGUUUAACUGUUAGAACCGAACCGGACCCCAGAUUCGUGUUCCGGUUCGGUGGAGAGCCUGAGUGUAGUCCUCAGGUUUUCCAGGUUCAAGGAAGUCUUAAACAGGCAGUUUUUACUUGCAAGUUUGGUUUCAGAAACUCCAGCGACCGAAACUUGGGAUCAAGAUCAUCUUUGUCGGAAUCAAAAACUUCGAGAAAUUGGUUAGCUUCUUUGAAAUCCGAUAAAGAUCAGUUCUGCAAAGAACGGAAAGGAUGGUCGAUUACAAUCCACAAUCUCUCUGGCUCUCCCGUAGCUAUGGCAUCAAUGGUGACACCGUUCGUGCCAUCUCUUGGACUGGAUCGGGUGACUCGAUCCAAUCCAGGAGCAUGGCUAAUCCUCCGUCCCGGAUGUGGAACCUGGAAGCCAUGGGGUCGUCUCGAAGCCUGGCGUGAGCCAGGUUUCACCGACGCCCUCGGAUACCGAUUUAAUCUCUUCGAUGACGAUAUAGCCGCCACAAACGCAACCACCACGAUCGCCGCUUCCACCAUCAGCACCAAACACGGCGGGAAAUUCACCAUGGACACGACAACAACAACAAGCAACGUAGCAACAACACCAUCGAUAACCCCACCAAGCAGCGGUGACUUGGGGUCGGGGUCAAGUCCGGGAUCCGGUUCAGGGUCGGAUUUCGGGUCCUGGACAUCCCUAUCGCCUCAGAAAUCGUUUCGGUGGGGAGGGUUCGUGAUGUCGUCGACGGUGGAAGGGGCGGGGAGGUGCAGUAAACCGGAAGUGGAAGUAGGGGUGAAUCACGUGACAUGCACGGAGGAUGCAGCAGCUUUUGUGGCAUUGGCAGCGGCCAUGGAUCUAAGCAUGGAUGCCUGUCUGUCUUUCUCUACAAAGCUUAGGAAAGAGCUGAGGCAGCAAACUCAGAAGUUUGUCGUUUAAUGUGGUGGGGCUCUGUCGUUUUGUUAGGUUGGUUCCUGUGGUGAAACUGAUCCGAUGUGGUUGUGUUAUGUGCUUUGUUUUGGCAGAUAACUCAGAGCUGGAUUUUCAACUAUUAGUUUUGUACGGUGCGGAGUGACGAGGCAUCAUAUUUUUUUUCCAAUUUUAAAUUCCUUUUGUCAUUACUCAAAUU